AUGGAAGAAUCUAUGGACUAUCUAAAAGAACCUUAUGCUUGUGUAGACGUUCAGAGAUUCAGACCAAGUCAGCUCUUCAAGUUACCUACAAAGGGAACUUACAAACACCACUCACUUGCAACUGUACAUCCUGUGUGUUGUGGAAACUUGAAACGUCCAAAUGUACUGUUGGCUGAUUACCAGAAUAAGAUUUGCAUCAUGGCCCAAGAGGAAAAUGCAAUGGGACGACUCUUGAAGGAAUAUGGAAAGCAGGACCGGAGCAGAGCCGGGAAGAUGAUGACCGCUGUGGGCAAGAGCCUGAGCUACACAGCACAGCAGCGAGUUGCCCUGAGGAACCCCCUAGUAAGACUAUUUCAGGAGGUUGACACUUUCCACACCCGAGCCGUAGAAGACACACUGAUCACAGUCACCGAGAUGGAGAAGAUCCGCACCGAGUACCGUGGAGCGCUGAUGUGGAUGAAGGACAUCUCUCAGAAUUUCAACCCAGACCAGUACCAUCAGUUAGAGAAGUUCAGAGAAGUGCAAGCUACUGUCAAGCAGAAGAAGGCCAAGUUUGAUAGACUCAAGCUUAAAAGUCUACAGAAGGUUGAUCUCCUCGCUGCCUCUAGAUGUAACAUGUUCUCUCAUGCCCUCAUUGUUUACCAGAAUAAUCUGAUCACCUUCUCGGACAAAACCUCCAAGACCCUGAACAACGUAGCAAACAACUUCAAGGGCUAUCAGCCAUAUGACUUCCAGGUGAUCAAGGAACUUGCGGAACCUCCACGGAGACUGGAAGACGAUGCGAAGGAAGAUGAGGAGAAUUAUAAACUGGAUGAGGAUGAUAACACCUUCUUUAAUGCAGAAUAUCAUGAUGAUCCAGACAAGAAGAAGCAGCAAAAUAGAGAGAAACAAGGAAAUAGAAGAACUAACAAAAAGGUCAAUGGUGAAAAGAAAUCUGACAGUCUGUUGAAUCUCUUUGACUGUGCUGAUGGAGAAAAGAGUGAGGAGCUUGUGUCCCUUGGUCAAGUAGACAGAGAAGCUCAUCCGAGCUCAAAGAACAAGGAAUCAGAUUCCUCCACUUCACAAAUUAUGGACUUCCUCACAAAUAAUCCAGAAGUGCCUGAUACAGAGAAGGAUACACAACAGAUGUUGAAAGAACUGUUCGACAGCCCAGUCCACCAAUCACUUCCUGUCUUUGGUAGCACAGAAGUAGCUUCUGGUGCUGCCAUAACUCCCACCAAAUCAAAUGAGGAGGGUGGUCUCCUCCAAGGGUUAAAUGGCCUGGAGAGUGAUCCAUUCAGUUUACUUCAGAAUCAGUCUAAUCAGCAGAUGCAAAAUAUGUUCCUCCCAUCACAGCUGCUUGACUUUGGCAUGCAGAGUUGGCAGCAAAGCACAGCUCAUAAUGUACCCAACCAACCAGGAGCUGCACAAGCUAGUGUGAGCAACACUAAAGGUUCAUCUCCAGCCAACUCCUUGUCACAAUCCAGACAUACUACAGGGGGAGUCCUUUCUGGUCCUUCCUCAAAUGCAGCGCAGAAGCAGGAGGCCAACAAGUUAGAUUGGUAUAAAGUGUUUCAGGAUAUUGACCCGCUUGCUGACCCUGCAAAUGCAAUCUUCAGUCAAGCGACUCAUGAUGACAAGAAAUGCUAGUUCUUUGAGUUAUUUUAUAGAAUAUAAUUAUUUUCACUUACUAAGAAGAGGAUUUAUUCACACAUAAUUAACUAAUUAACAUAAUUUGCCAUUUGGAUUUAUCAAAAUUAUUUGUUCUAUAUUUGAGUGAAUGAGAGAUAUUAUUCUGAAUUAUAUUUUCAUUCCAUGUGGAAAUGCUGCUCUUGUAGGUAGAUAUAAGAAAGUCCAUAAAACUGUUCUGAUAAUACUGAUAGUAUCGGAGAACAGUCCUGUUGGCAUAUAUUUCCUAAUAUGGUAUGUUCAUAUUUUAAGGCUUCCAGGUAUGAUUUGUAGUCUGGUGCAAUGAUAAUUUUCCCCCACUAGUCCUUUUAACCAAAAUAUAAUUGGUCAGCUUUCUAGUCAUUUACAGUAUACACAGUAUAAAUGUAUUACCUAUCGGAAGUUAUUGCAAAUGGAAGAUUUUGAUAGACAGUCCUGGGGAUAUAACAGUACUUUCAAUGGAAUUAGUACCUGGUAGUAUGUAAUAUUUUUACCUUGAGGCCAUUAUGACUUUAUUUGUUUAUUAUUAUUAUUUUCAUUGUGGAAGAAAAAUUGUGUUGUUGCAUAUAGCAUUUCUACUACUUUAUUUUAUUGCAGGUUCCUUUACCUUGCAUUUUUCAGUCAUACCAUUUGUUAUGUAUGCUUAUGGGUGUCCUCAAUAAAUAUAUGUUUAAACAUGAAGAUGUGGGUCUUAUAUAAAAGAAUAUAAGUUAUGUAGGUUGGCUUAUUUAGAAGCUCUCAUAGUCAUCUUGCAUUUGCCUACCAGUUAAUUUUGCUACAAAGUCAAUAGAUUGGUUAUCCUGAUAGUGUCUUCCUUAUUCUGAUUCUGCCUAUAUUCAUAAAAUCACAGUGACAGUUUCUAGAUUUGGAAGGUGACUGUCUUUAGAAGUACCAGUUCCUCACAGUAAAUUAAUCACUAUGUUUAUAGACUUGAAUCACAUUUUUGUUUUUGACUCCCACCAGUUUGGCCUCCGCAAACCCUCAGAACUUUGUAAUGGUUCAUGUACUGAUGUGGCUGCUGUGUUCAUAUUUUGUGAUCUGAAUCAGAUAUCAUGGUGAGAGGGUAAUUGGAGAAAGGAACUAUGUUAUGAUGCUAUGCUUUCUUUGCCUGUGCUUAUGUAAAGUUAUCACACAUGUUCUCAAACUGAGUAUACCAACAUUUAUAACCAAAUGAUAGACUUUUCUAAACAUACUCCUUUCUUAUUCACAAAAGAGAAAGCUUUUUGGCUACAUCUGCAACUUGACCCUUUGGUGCAAUAUUCCCUUUCUUAGCGCUACCUUGAGUUGUGUAGCAUUUCAGACAAAAUUAGGCUUAUGUGAGAAUUACCUGCCUUUUAUUUUUUCAUAAUUCAUGUUUGAUUUGAAAUAAUUCAUUGAGGGUAAAUGAAUUUUAUGGAAAUAUUUUUAGGUUGUAUGCUAGAUUUUAAGGUCAAUGUAUUGUAACUAUGAAAGGUGGUUAUGUAGACUUAGGGAAGAGUGAAUUUUUUCAAGAUGUAUAAUAUGCUGUGUUAUGAGAAGCAUAUCUCCUCAAAACCUUGACGUCAUAAUACAUAUUAUGUUCAUCAGUUUCAGUGAUGUUUAUGAUAAUUUCAGUAAGCUAUGGGUUUAUUUUAUUUAUAGAUUAAUAUUGUCUUCUGUAUAUGGACAUAUAAUAUGAUAUGGUUUUGAACAAAUAUGUUUUUUGCCGAACAAAAGUGAAGCAAUUUGUUUAUGAUUGUUAGAACAAUAUUGAACACAAAAUAUUUAAUCAUUUUAAGAUUGUUGAAUUACCAUAUACUAUAUACAUUGUGUAAAUUUGUGACUUAAUUUCCAGUAACUUGGUACCUUAUUUGGAAGGGCAUUCUCAUUUUAUACUGACAGUGGCUUUGAGGUUAGUGAUUUUCUUUCAGAGGAAACAAUUGUGCUCUCACAAUAGUCAUGCAGUGUAAAGGUUCCACUUACUAUGGAUAUGGAUUAAGUACACACCAGGCAGUGUACUUACCCUGUGGUCAUAUUUAACCCUCAGGUUUAUAUGAAUGUUUGUAAUUUAGAAUGAAGUUUUCAUCUGAGAGUGCAAUGCAUAGGGUAGGAUGUGGUUGUUGCGAGCCAUUCAUUGAUCCUUGCUUUGGGUAAGCCAUCUUAAUUUCCCUUUGUAGGAUGUUUGAUUGUUAAAGGUCUGCCGAGUGGACGUGUUUUGAUUCUUUCAAAUGCUGGUAGAUUUGUUACUAGAUUAUUAUGUUCAUGCUUGUGCAGAAUGUGUUCCUUUUUUGCAGUUCACUUUAUUAAUGUGAGACAUAUUCAAACCAUGACUUUUUCACAGAUGAAACUAUAUUGACAAAGUUAUAGUGUUGCAUUAUUUUACAUUGUUGGUAAUUUUAAGGAAAGAUUACAAAAGCUAGUCUUCGUUUUGAAACUGAAUUAUCUCAGAAUUGCAGUAUUUUCAGCCAUGCUUUAUUUUAUUGAUUUAAGGACGGUACCAGAGCCAAAGUACGAUGCAUUCCCCUCCUACAUGUAAAGUGUGUGUGAACUAUCUAUUAUCAUCAUGUCUUCUCUUUUAUUUCCUUUCUUGAAAAAAAAAGAGUUCAGUUCAGCCUGCUUCAGGAAUUCCAUCACAGAUAUAUUUUCACUGUAUAUAUAUACAUAUAUAUAUAAGUGUGUCAAUUCCUACGGAAGCCGUGAUCUUGGAUGAUGAACGACAGGUAGGCGACCUCGUCUGUGUUGUCCAGUGACAGGUGCUGCCAGACUCAGACUCAGACACAGACUGUCUCUUGGGUACUAGAUGUCUGUGGUAAGAAAACUGUUUCCAACUCCUUCCAAAAACUAUGUAAGCCUUCUUUGUUUAUGUACAAGAUGCUGCCAGAUGUAUGUAUGUUUCUCAUAUUAAAGAAUGUUUAAUAUAUA